GCGGUCACGUGGCCAGCGUGCCCGGUGACGUGUUCCCAGCUGAGCCCGCACAGAGCCUCUCAGACCUCAACAUGCUAACGGAAGACAACAACGAUGAAGACGUGUCUCUGUUUGACGCGGAGGAAGACGCCGGGAAGAAAUCCAAGAAGAAGCUGAAGCACCCGCUGGCCUCGUUCUUCCACCUGUUCUUCCGGGUCAGCGCCGUGCUGGUCUACCUGCUCUGUGGCCUCUUCAGCGGCAGCUUCAUCGCCUGCAUGGUGGCCAUCAUCCUGCUGCUGUCAUGUGACUUCUGGACCGUCAAGAACAUCACUGGGAGGCUGAUGGUGGGUCUCAGGUGGUGGAACCAGGUGGACCACGACGGGCGCAGCCACUGGGUGUUCGAGUCCAGGAAGGGCGUCGGGAAGCCGCCGGCGUCCGAAUCCGAGUCGCGGAUCUUCUGGGUCGGGCUGAUCGUCUGCCCGAUGCUCUGGGUGCUCUUCGCCUUCAGCACCCUCUUCUCCUUCAAGAUCAAAUGGGUGGAGCAGGAGACGCUGUCGUUCAUCCGGGAGAACCUGGAGAAGAGCGACCAGCAGACCAAGGGGAUGGUCUCCAUCCUGUCGUCGUUCGAGAGCCGCCUGAUGCAGCUGGAGAACUCCAUCAUCCCGGUGCACAAGCAGACGGAGAACCUGCAGCGCCUGCAGGAGAACGUGGACAAGACGCUGUCCUGCAUGGACCACGUCAUCAGCUACUACCACGUGGCCAAGGACACGGACCGGAUCAUCCGGGAGGGGCCGACGGGCCGACUGGACGAGUACCUGGCUUGCAUCGCAAAGAUCCAGAAAGCCGUGGAGUACUUCCAGGACAACAACCCGGACAGCCCCGAGCUCAACACCGUGAAAGCGCGCUUCGAGAAGGGCAAAGAGCUGCUGGAGGCGGAGUUCCGCAGCCUGCUGACGCGCUACAGCAAGCCGGUUCCCCCGAUCCUCAUCCUGGACGCCAUCAGCCUGGACGAGGAGCUGGAGGUCCAGGAGGACGUGGUCCUGGAGCACCUCCCCGAGGCCGUGCUGCAGGACGUCAUCUGCAUCGCCGGCUGGCUGGUGGAGUACGGACGCAACCAGGAUUUCAUGAACGUCUACUUCCAGAUCCGGUCCAACCAGCUGGACCGCUCCAUCAAAGGCCUGAAGGAUCACUUCCGUAAGAACAGCGCCUCGUCGGGGAUCCUCUACUCGCCCGCCGUCCAGACCAAGCGCAAGGACACGCCCACCAAGAAGUCGCCCAAGAGACCAGGGACCAUUCGCAAGGCCCAGAACCUUCUGAAACAGUACUCACAGCAUGGGCUGGAUGGGAAGAAGGGGGGCUCUAACCUCACGCCUUCGGAAGAUCUCGACCUCCGGGUCAAACACCUGUCUGACGCUCUGACCGAGAAGCACGGGGCCGCCUCAGGCAAAGACGACGUCCUGGACAUCGAGAUCGACUCGUACAUCCACUGCAUCAGCGCCUUCGUGAAGCUGGCGCAGAGCGAGUACGCCCUGCUGGUCGAGGUCAUCCCCGAGCACCACCAGAAGAAGACCUUCGACUCCCUGAUCCAGGAGGCGCUGGACAACCUGAUGCUGGAGGGGGACAACAUCGUGUCCGCCGCUCGGCGAGCCAUCAUGCGUCACGACUACUCGGCCGUGCUCACCAUCUUCCCGAUCCUCCGUCACCUGAAGAUGAACAAGGCCGAGUUCGACUCCACGCUGCAGGGAACAGCAGCGAGCACCAAGAACAAGCUGCCGACGCUCAUCACCUCCAUGGAGACGAUCGGGGCCAGAGCUCUGGAGGAGUUCGCCGACAGCAUCAAGAACGAUCCCGAUAAGGAGUACAACAUGCCGAAGGAUGGAACCGUGCACGAGCUGACCAGCAACGCCAUCCUGUUCCUGCAGCAGCUGCUGGACUUCCACGAGACAGCCGGAGCCAUGCUGGCCUCACAAGUCCUGGGGGACACUUACAAUAUCCCUUUAGACCCCCGAGAGACGAGCUCGUCGGCGAGCAGCUACACCUCCGAGUUCAACAAGCGUCUCCUCAGCACCUACAUCUGCAAAGUGUUGGGCAACCUGCAGCUCAACCUGCUCAGCAAGUCCAAAGUGUACGAGGACCCGGCGCUGAGCGCCAUCUUCCUGCACAACAACUACAACUACACCCUCAAGUCUCUGGAGAAGUCCGACUUGAUCCAGCUGGUGACGGUGACGCAGAAGAAAGCAGAGAACUCGUACCGGGAGCUGAUCGAGCAGCAGAUCCAGAUGUACCAGCACAGCUGGCUGAAGGUCACGGAGAACCUGACGAGCAGGAACAUGCCCGUCUUCCAGCCCGGCAGCAAGCUGAAGGAUAAAGAGCGACAGGUGAUCAAAGACAAAUUCAAGGGCUUCAACGACGGGCUGGAGGAGCUGUGUAAGACCCAGAAGGGCUGGGCCAUCCCGGACAAAGGGCAGCGGGACUUCAUCCGCCAGGCCCAGAGGAGGGUGGUGUCGGAGGCCUACAGGGCCUUCCUGCACAGAUGCGCCAACGUCUCGUUCACCAAGAACCCCGAAAAGUAUCACAAGUACCGGCCGGAGGAAGUGGAGGAGAUGAUCGAGAAGCUGUUCGACACGUCGGCGUGAAGAGACCCUGAACACGCCUCACCCUGAACACGCCUCACCCUCUCACCCUGAACACGCCUCACCCUGAACACGCCUCACCCUCUCACCCUGAACACGCCUCACCCUCUCACCCUGAACACACCUCACCCUGAACACGCCUCACCCUGAACACGCCUCCCCCUCUGUCUGUGGAGGAUGUAUUUAUGCCCAAAAGAGUGAAUAAAGUGAACUUUGAAUCCUC